UGCUAAUGAACUCUGACCCCUAGACGGGAGAUGUCAAGCCGAGGCCUGUCGCUGCAGUGGGGGGGAGGGGGUAUCGUAAGUGGAAUUCAUUUUUCCCCCUUUUUUAUUUUCUUUUGUUUUCCUUCUUCUUUUUUGAAAGUGCCGAAAUAAAUGUGAGCCAGGCCCAGCGAGUGUAGGCAUUGCAGCGUGCGCAGCCGAGACGGACAGGGCUGCAGCUUCGCUCGGACUGGACUCGCACUGCAAUGUUUCACAUGUAAGAAGAAGUCCUGUUCACCAUGGAAAUGCACUUUGAACCUAUAUGCUCCUGUUCACCAUGACGCCCAGUAGAGGAUUCUGGGAUUGAAGCGGGAUUCUCUCCCACUGAUGGCCUGGACUGGGUGUCAGCUGGUUUGCUGAAGCAAUGGGAAGCUGCUGGAGCUGUCUGUACAGAGACACAAUCCCAGACACCCACCCAACCAAGUUCAAGGUGACAAAUGUCGAUGAUGAAGGCAACGAGCUGGGCUCCGGCAUCAUGGAGCUCACACAGACCGAGCUCAUCCUGCACACCCGCAAACGCGACGCCGUGCGGUGGCCCUACCUCUGCCUGCGCCGCUAUGGCUACGAUUCCAACCUCUUCUCUUUCGAGAGCGGGCGGCGCUGCCAGACCGGGCAAGGGAUCUUUGCCUUCAAGUGCUCCCGUGCCGAGGAGAUCUUCAAUCUGCUGCAGGAGCUCAUGCAGUGUAACAGCAUCAAUGUGGUGGAGGAGCCCGUCAUCAUCACUCACAACAGCCAUGCCCCUGAGCUGGAGCUGCCGCGCACCCCUCAGACCCCCAGCAGUGAGUGGCCACUCCCACGCAGCAUUCGUGCUCCAGCAUACACAGUUCAGGGAUUCCCCAACGGAUACCCAGGGUACCCUGUCAGCGCAGAUGGCUCGUCUCACCCGUCCACCCGGCACCCCUCGCUUGCUGAGGACCACGCCCACGGCUUCAUGGGGCUGGAGGACCAGGCCCACACCUAUGUGAACACUGCCAGCGUGGAAGGAGAUGUCAGGGGCCGGCACUGUGUCCACUCUUUACCCGAGGUCCGGCCAAACCCCUACCCCGAGAGCGCUCGGGGGGGAGGUGGGGGGCCAGGGGGUCACCCUGUGAUCCACUGCUGCCCCCUGGAAGAGCGAAACCCCCAGGUGUUCCUGCAGCCACCUUCAGGGGAGGUGAAGUUUGUGCUGGGACCCACACCGGCCCAGCGCAGGCUCAUGGACAUGGAGAGGGAGGCGCUGGGAAAGCAGGUCCACAUGCGCCACCCGCACGGCCACCUGACGCUGGAGGGGGUAGGCGGGGGUGGCUCGGAGCAUGAGGGAGGAGGGGGCCCCCCGCCCCUGCCUCCCCCACACUCCCACGCCGCCCACUCCUAUCACCACCACCACCUGCUGCAUCGCCAUGGUAGUGCUGCGGGCGAGCACGAGGAGGGCUGUCAGGCUGUGCGGCUGGCCUACGAGAACAUCAACGGGCUGGGAGGCGGGCGCGGCGGUGAGCUGCGCAGGGGGGGCGGGAGCGGGCGGCUGAAGCUGUGCCCGGGCAGCGUCUCCCUCUCGGGAGGGUCGAGCAGUAGCAGCAGUGGGGGGGAGGGCCACUGUCACUCUCGCGCUCUGCCACACUCCCACUCCCUGCCUCAUGCCCUCCCACACGCCCUGCCUGCCCAGGGCUAUAGCUGCGAAAGAGCAGGAGGGGGAGUGGGCAGCGGGCACCGUAAGACGGCGCUGCUGAACUACGAGAACCUGCCCUCACUGCCGCCAGUGUGGGAGUACCGCGCCCUGCAGCGAGAGGAGGAGCAGGAUGAGGAGGACGACGAGCAGGAUGAGGAGGACUAUGAGGAGGAGGAGUAUGACGAGUACUCGGAGGACCCCGGAACGCCCAACGGAUACCACCAGGAUGGAGGAGGGGAUGGACGCGAUGUCAUGCGCAACUAUGUUAACACCGAGCGUGUGCAGCCGGGCGUCCGCAGGCCGGCGUGCCCCCCAAGGGGGCAGCACAGAGCCGACUGCCAUGUAGGGGGUGGCGGCGGAGUCUUCAGCUUUGACUUCCGCAGAGGAGGCGGGGUCGGGCGUGACCUCUCCCAGCAGCGGCAGCUCAACUACAUCCAAGUGGAUCUGGAUGGGGAUUCGGAGUGUGGGAACCCCCAGCAGCAGCAUCAAAAGCCUGUGCCCAUUGGCACUUCCCAGCCACCCCGGCACAGUGAGUUCUAUGCCGUGAUCGAUCUGAAGAAGACGGCAGCUAUGUCCAGCCUGCAGAGGGCACUGCCCCGCGAUGACGGCACCUCCCGAAAGACCAGGCACAACAGCACCGAUCUGCCGCUGUGAGGAGAGAGAGAAAGGGAGGAGGAGAGGUUGAGAGGUCAGAUGGGCUACACUUGUUUCCUGUCUCCGAGCCUCUCCAGAUUUCCCCUCAAUAGGUCACCUCCUUUUCCCCCUCAUCCAGAGCCUGUUUUUCCCAUCUGUUUCCUGCUCAUCCUCUUCCUUGAUUCAUCCCCCUGUGUGUCCCUCUGUGAGUGUGGGAACGAGGGGCUCUGUGUAUCUGUGGCCCUGUUGAGGCAGUUGGACUGAGCUGCCUGUGACUGAGACACUUGGAUGGCAGGAAAUCGGAUGAAACUAAUAAAUAAAUUUGGAACUUCUUAAGGGUUCGGCUGAAACUAGCUGGCCCACGGAAGAUUUGCAUCUGGUAAGACACAUUUUUUUGCAUGGCAGCAGCUCCUGGAAAAAAGUCUUGCCAGCUGCCAGGGCUUUGGCAGGGCAGGUUCCUCAGCUGGCAGGGUUGCAGGCGCUGUGAAUUGUGAUUGAUGCACCUUCCAUCAAGACUUGCACAUUUCGCAAGAUGCAGUUUCCUCUUUUCAUUCGUCCUUUUUGAGCAGGGGGUUUCCUGCAAUCAGUGUCCCUUUCUUUCAGCCAUAGGGUGGUUCCGUCUCAGACAGUGAGCUGAGGAGGCCCCAUUUGGUGCCUUUUAAGGUGCCAUAAAUUUCUGAUAAUAUUAUUUCAAAGUGUCUGAAACUAGAUUUUAGAAGUCUUUUAUUUCCACCUUAUCUUUUAUGUAAACUAAAACUUCACACCAUGAAACAGACGGUGCAAAGUAUUUCUGUCUUGAGUGAUUGCACAUUCAGGAUGUAUUUAUUGGCCUCAUACUUUUGAAAAUAUAAAACUAUGACACAGACUUUAUGCAGGGAACGUGGUUAUUCCGGUGUAAAGGAAAAAGUUGUGUGUGCCAAAAGAAGGGGCAUAGGCUUCUUUAACAAAACCAAAUUGAUCAUAGAGGCACCAUGAAGAGUGAAGGGCCUUUUUAAUUAACCUCACAGAAAUGACCCUCAUAUAGUGCCACUGCCUGAGGUGGAGCAAAUGGAGUUUAGAGCUGGGUUGCACAUGUUUACACUGAGUGGGAGCUGCUGUCCUGUGGCUGAUGGUGCCGCAAAAAGGGUAAACAAACAUACAGUUAACAAAUACGCAUUGAAUUGUAAAUGCGGGUCCUGUAGUCUGGAAUUUGACCUGGGUCCAGCCCCAAGCUCUGCAGAGGAAUAUGGUCCUGCAUCAGAGCCAGGUUGUUGGACACAGUCUUUUAAAUUUCCGAACCCCGAUGUAAACUCUGGGCAGUUCUCUCAGGCACAUAGAGAUGUAACAAAAGAAAAGAGGAUUCUGCAUCUUAUGCCAUUAGUUACCACACAACUCAAGCUGAUAGCACCAUUUCAUUAUUAGAAGCUACUAAAAGGAAAGGCAUUUAUGCAUGUCUUUUCUCUGAAGGUGCCAAAUCUAUUUACUGUACACAGUAUGUAAGUAUGUUGAAUCCAUGUGCCAUUAUAUAGUAUUGGGAUGUGAGGGCUAAGCAUCGAAUCCAAAAAGAGAGAAUAAGUCUCAACUGUGAAUGAGGGUUUUCCUUCUUUCAAAUCAAUAGCGUUUCAAUUUGUUUCAAAUCCCUGUUGAGCCUUGGGGCAUCAGGAAUGUUGCAGGACCUGAUGCCUCUCUCAGGGCAGGAGGGUUGUGUAGGAAUCCAAGUCUGGAACAGGCAGGGGUGAUUUCUGAAGGGCAAUAUCCAUAAUGCACAACACUCGUGUUAUCAAGUGAAAUGUUACUUUCUCUGCGGUUUUUCUUGGCCUUUAGGUUUAGAGCAAAUUGAACUGUUUUAGGAAAAUAAUGAAAUAGGAAUUAAUUAUAAAUGUAUAGAUUGUAUAUUUUUUCAGAGGAACUUUAAGAUCAAUUAUUUAGAAAACAGGAAUUCAGCUUUAGUUUAGAGCUUUAUUGUAACAGCUUAGUGCCAGGUUCUUAUCAGGGUGGCUCUGAUGACCCCAGUGAUCUUAAUCCGGGUUCCUGUUGGAUUUCUAUAAGCCCAUCUUGCCAAUGGUAUGUGUGACCUUUGGCUUGUAUGUUCCCCUGAGUGACAGAGCAUGAGAUUGCUCUGUUUGUCCCCCCCCACACCUCAUCAGGAGAGCCACUAUCCACAUCAGCACUGAAACCCAUGCGCUGAACCCCCCCCCCGUCACACUGCACAGUGACUGGCUUUCCACACCCAUCGUUGUGCCAUUGAGAUGCAGCAGCUAUGCAGAGUGCUUAAUUUCUGGAGUUUGCCAUUUUUUUCAGCAUUUUAUCAGAUUCAUACAGUUUGGGGAAAGUUACUUUUAUAAGAGAUUACUUUUAAAGUGAUCAAGAAGUUAGGUGAAAAAAGUAUCUGUGUACUGUGUGUCCAGUUAUUUGUAAAGUAAUGUAUUAAUUCUUAAAAGCAGUUUCCCUCAGUUUUUUUAGCAUAUGAAAAAAGAAAUCCUGUACACUAGUAACUUGUAAGUGUAAAGGUAGUGCUUUUUAAACUAACUUUUGCCAAAAUUGGAUUCACAAUGGUGACUAGAAACCUGUAACUUUUUCAUUUGUCAUCCUAGAUCUCCAGAGUACAGCAUGGGAGGUCCAGAAAGAAGCACUUCAGUAAACUAGGUCUCAGUGCCUGGGCUCUGGAGUGGAAGGUUCUUGAGGAUAGCAAUCUUUUUGAAAGAAAGAUCUGCAGCAGUGUUUAGGAAUGGCUGGGAUCGUGGUGAAAGGACAGGAGUGCUUUCUAUGAAACUAGCACAAAGCAGCCUUAUAACCCCAAAGAUUGUGACUGAAUGGCAAGCUUUAUGGAGGGCAGGGUGGCUGUGCUUCUGCAGGAAACCAGCCUUCCCUGUGUCACCCUGUGUGUUCUUUCUUAGCCUGGGAGCUGAGCUUGGGAAGUCUGUACAGACAUGUACAUAUACAUAUGUAUAUCUGUUUGUAUACAUACUAACACACAGUGGCAUGUCUGCUGCUAUGAAUGUCUGAAUACAUUUGCAAAUUAGGCCAAAAGUAAGAAAAAUGAGUUAUUGCAAUUUAAAAGUUUUAGUUUAAAACUGAGUCAGUUGUUCCAGCUUUGCUCUCCAGCUGAGAAAACUCAGGGCCCAUUCUUUGCCUUCACAUAUCACUGUUCUGUGCCAUAGCAAAUAGGUGCCAAGGCAUUGCCCUGUCCCCAGGGUGCUGGAUUGGUAUGGGAGGAGGGGGAUGACUUGUCUUGACACAGAGGGGACAUGUGUGUGCUGAUGAAAGAGACCUUUGAUCUCAGAGGGUGAAUCACAAAAUGCUUUUCGCUCAUCCUCUGCCAUGAUGCCCGUGUGAGCAUCAGUGCUUUCUUUCCAGUGCAGUUGACCCUGGGGAUUAAAGUUCACUUCAUCACCUCUCAAAGUGCCAAGGUGUUACUGGGUACUGUAAGCAACACCUUAUGUGUUAAAAUUGUAUUUUCAUUUGCUCUUAAACUUUUCCUUUGCCAAGCAGUGACUGUUUCUCAGUCGCAGGCUCUCGAAUGAUCCGUGUCUCAUGUGGGAUGAAGGGGCAGGGUGCCUUGGUGCACCCUGGUGUGUGAUGCUGGGAAAUGUGUUGUGGCUGGGGGGCUGACAACGGUGUAGCCAGCACCCUCUUUAUCAGUGAGCAGGGUGAGCUCACACAGGACUGAUCGUGCUUAGGCCUGCCUCCUGUAAAGGUCACAUAACACUUUUUUCAUUUCUGGAUGACUUCAUUUGCACAAAGCUGAUGCCUGCCUGCCUUCAUGCUAUAAUAUUUCUCCCUCUCCCUCCCAUCCCACCACCUCCCAGGAGACAUUUAAAAAACAGGAAACACGAAAACACGCAGAACUCCAUUAGAUGAGUCUAUUUUUUUGUGAUCUGUGAAGUUAACAGAAAAUGUAUCAAGCUUCAUAUGUUUAAUCUCUGUGAUGUGUUUUCAUGAGCCUGCUCGUGGGAUGUGAUGUUUUGUUUGGGGUGGGACAGAAAGAGGCUGUGCCAAAUUUACUUCCUCAUUCCAUUUUGCCUAACAUUGUAAGGUGUUUACAGGAAGUGACUUGCUUUCUGAAAAAUGGGAAUCUGUUCCCUGUGCUGAGAAUGGUUCGGGUGUUGCUGUGCAUUCAACCUAGGAUCACAACCAGACACACCUCCUUUCUGAAGGAGUUCUCUGUUCUCCCAUCUCUGUCUGUCAAUGGCUGCUUCGCCUGGUAGCAGAUAUUCCCAGUUUUUCAAUUUGUUUUAGGAACAUUCCAUUAGGAGGUUUUAGUGGCCUUUAUUGCCUUUGGGAUAAGUGUUGCCUGCUGUCUUUGGCUGUUACUUUGAUGAUUAUGCAAACCUUUGAGAAACAAGGCUUGUACAGUAUACAUUUUAUGUUAUGCAAUACUUUUGCAGUUUUUAAAGGUUUUAUUUAAUGAUGAUUUAAUAACUAUUGUAAUCCAAAAUGGAUUUAAUUUGUAACUUUUUUCCCAGAGUGGAAAAUGUAUAAAUGCCGUGUGUGUCAGUCUGUCUCCUUCCCUGUUGCUUGUACGGGGAUCUUUCAGAAAUGUGUUUUAAUUUUAGGAGCAUGGGUGUUUCUUCUUCAUAUUCCAGAUUGGGGAUAUUUGGUACCAGUGUUGCCUCCAUGUUUUUGUAAUUAUUUAAGUUCUUGCUACCACCCCAUCAACCCCCACCCCCCUGUGUGCAGGUAGGUUAACACUACGCAAUUUUGGAAGACUGCUCUGUCGGAUGGUUAAUGUUUACAGUCCCAUUUCCCCUUGCUCUGUCUUGUGCAUGCACUUGACUUUCCGUUGCUUAUACAGUAUAUAUAUAUUUUUAAACAUUUUUUGUUUGUACAGUUGCAUGUUCUUGUUGGUACUGAAUUGUUUGUUAGCUGUACAUAUUUGCUUGUGUACUUGUCUGUUUUGUCGGUCUGUCCUUCAGUCACUACUAUUGUGGGAACAUUCUUUAACCUAAGGCAAGUCUUAAAUCGUCAGAAUCCUUUGGGUGUCCGCGGGGGGACUGAGAGCUCUCAGGGUGUCAUGCACCACAAUGUCAAAAACCUCUUUGAAUGUAUCUGAGGGGCAGCUGGGAGAAAGAGCUCGAGUCCGGCCCACUGAGAGUCCUGGCUCUGUUCUCUCCAAGUGAACUAAGCUCCUGAGCAGUGCAGUGUGCACUCUGGUGGUCAUAUUGCCUAGAAAGAAAAAGCAAAAUUUAGUUAUACGUUGAUUUUAAAUCCAUUUAGAAUAGUAAUGGAGUUUGGGCCAAAAAGCAAGAACACUAGCAGGACCAGUGGAUUUGGAAGGGCAUUAGUCUAAAAGCUUAUGCAUGUGGGUUCUGUGUAAAACACUGUUAAGUGUACAAGUGCAUUUGAGGUUAAUCAAAAGCUUAAAUGUUAGAGGAAAAAAUACUAACUGAGUCAGUUUCUUGUUUUUCUUGAUUCGACAAUUAGUGGAAAAUUUUGUAGUUCAUUUACUUUUCUCUGUGAAUGUCUUUCAUUUUGACCACCUAACAAAAAGUCAAGAAACAUCGUUAUCAGCAUUCUCCUAAGGGUGUUGCGAUGGCUUCUUUGGAGAGAGUUGUAUCCAGAGGAUUGUGGUUCUCAGUUGGUACUGGAAAACAGCAUUUACCAAGCCUGUGCCCUGUUCUCCUCCCACUGACUCUGUCGUGCCACUUGCCCAGCGUGAGUGCACCUUGAUAAUCUGUACUUGCCAACUAUUCUGUGGGCAUAGCUUCAGUAGACAAAAAUGCUUUUUUAAAACGAUGUGCCAUCUUGCUGCUUCAGUCUUAAAAUUUUUUGUUUGAGUGUGAAGUGUUGGCAAGUACGAGUUGACUUUGUAUUACCUUUAUUUCGGAGAUGUCUUCUGUUUUUGUAUUUCUUUGGGUACUUCAGUAGAAUUUUGUGGUGUAGAUUUGUGUUAGACCCUUUGUAUGAGGUGUAAGCCCUUGCAGAUUCCUGGAGCAAAAGUUUGCCAACCCACCUGUGGGGAACCAUGUGAUAUAGCAACAGCAGCAGUCCAGCUGGAUGUGGUAAAGAAACAGCUGCACCAAGCAGACUGCAUGUUUUUAUCUAUGAUGUUUUAUAUUUGAAAAUGCACUGAGUUCAUGUUGUCAGACAUACAACACUAAGGAAUACAAAACAGUGGCUUAUGCUGUUGAUAGCUGGAUAGGAAAAUGCGUAGUGUUUGCUAUAUUCUGUAGGGAGCAGCAUGGUGGCAGAGUGGUUAGUCUUGCUGUCUUGCAGCACUGGGUCCCUGGGUUCAGUUCUGGAGUUGGAGUGCUAUCUGCGUGGAGUUGGUAAGU